AUGAAGAUGAUGGGUGAGCACCAAAACAAAUCAUUGAAGCUGUUCGGGUUCAACGUGAGCGAGCACGAGUCUCCCUCGGAAUCCCGCAAGUACGAGUGCCAGUACUGCUGCCGCGAGUUCGCCAACUCCCAGGCACUUGGCGGCCAUCAAAACGCCCACAAAAAAGAGCGGCAGCAGCUUAAGCGGGCCCAGAUGCAGGCCACGCGCUUCGCCAUGCGUAACCCAAUGGCCUCAGCCUUUGCCCCUCCGCCCCACCUACUCGCGCCUUCGUGGAUCUACGUGCCCCGAGCCUCCCCCGCGCCGCCCCCGUUCCUCGACGCCAAUUCCUAUGGGCCUCAGCAGUCCGUUAUGGCCCAUAGCGCGAGGCUUGAUGGGCCUUCCCUAAGCAGGUUCUCUACAGGGGAGGAUGGGCCCAGUUUUGAUGACGCCUUUGGGCUCGAUCUGCACCUUAGUUUGGCGCCGGCAGCGCCGUAA